AUGCCAUUAGAGUUGUUCUAUGCUAAGGGCAACAAUGCCAAGGCAUUCUCGUCAAAUCUCAAGCUAAACCUUGCGGUUGCUGCGUACGCCGCACAGCUGAAAAUCUCUGUCGAUGCCGACGGUUCCAAGCCGUUCUUGCUCCACGAAAACAAGACGAACUUCACUUUGAUCGAACCAAAUGCUGUUGUGCAGUAUCUUGCUGCUUCUACCAGACCGGAUGCCUUCUCUGAUACCGAGGCUGUGAAAACCGAACGGUUGACAGUGUAUCCCGGGUUGUCAUCCAGCAAGUUCGACGCCGGAGCUCUUUCCAGUGCUUCAUUUGCCAGUGUUGAUGUCACAUCUCCUGAACAAAUUAUUCUGUUCUCAUCUUUGUAUCCUCUCGCUAAGAACAGCUCUGCUGAAUUCGCCUUGAAGAACUGGUUCGAACAGUUUGCCUCUGCUGUGCAAACUGCAAUUGAGGCUACUUCAGCUGUAACCAAGCUGGAGAGACCCAAAGCUACGAAUACUGGGGCCCAGCAACUCAAUGAGACUGUUUUUGUGAAGAAAGUGACUGGGGCAAUUCUUCCCAAAAAGGACGAGCGCAACGUGCUGAUCACCUCUGCGCUGCCCUAUGUUAACAACGUUCCUCAUCUGGGAAAUAUUGUUGGAUCUGUUCUGAGUGCUGAUAUCUUCUCCAGAUACUCCAAGGCUCGUAAUUAUAACACGCUGUUUAUUGGAGGAACUGAUGAGUACGGUACUGCUACCGAAACCAAGGCUUUGGAGGAGAAUGUCACGCCCAUGGAACUGUGCACCAAGUACUACCAUUUGCAUUCCGAUAUCUACAAGUGGUUCGAGAUUGGCUUCGACUACUUUGGACGUACAACCACUGACAAGCAGACCGAAAUUGCCCAGCACAUUUUCUUAAAGCUCCAUGAAAACGGGUUCUUGGAAGAGCAGGUGAUGCAUCAGCUUUACUGUUCCAAGCAUAAGGGUUUCCUUGCCGACCGUUAUGUCGAGGGAGAGUGCCCAAGGUGUCACUAUGAUGAUGCUCGUGGUGACCAGUGCGACAAGUGCGGAAACCUACUGAAUCCUUUUGAGCUUAUCAAUCCUCAUUGUAAGCUGGAUGGUGAAACACCAAUCCCCAAGGAUUCCACCCAUGUCUUCCUUUCUCUGGACAAAUUGCAGCCGGAAUUGACCAAAUGGGUUGAUGAAGCCUGCACUAAGGGCCGUUGGUCCAAGAACGCCAAGACCAUCACGUAUUCGUGGCUUAAGGAAGGUCUCCAGCCCCGUGCUAUCACCAGAGAUCUGGUUUGGGGUACUCCUGUGCCAUUGAAGGGUUUCGAGGACAAGGUGCUGUAUGUGUGGUUUGACGCUUGUAUUGGAUACAUCUCCAUAACAGCUAACUAUACUGAUGACUGGGAGAAAUGGUGGAAACAACCAGAUGAUGUGCAAUUGUACCAGUUCAUGGGAAAAGACAACGUGCCCUUCCACACCGUUGUGUUCCCUUCUUCGGAGAUUGGAACCAGGGAGAAAUGGACUAUGCUCCACCAUCUCAACACCACCGAGUACUUGCAAUACGAGGGCGGAAAGUUCUCCAAAUCUAGAAACAUCGGUGUGUUUGGUGAUAAUGCCCAGCAGACUGGUAUCCCACCCUCCGUGUGGAGAUACUACCUGGCCUCGGUCAGACCAGAAACCUCUGACUCGCAGUUCUCUUGGGCUGAAUUCAUUGGAAAGAAUAACAACGAGCUACUGGCCAAUCUGGGUAACUUUGUGAACCGUCUGGUGAAGUUUGUCGUUGCCAAGUACAACGGUGUUGUUCCUGAAUACAACCCAGAAAAUUGUCCCAACUACAAGCAGACUGUUGCUGAUGUGGACGCUUUGCUUCAGUCGUACAUCACUGAAAUGGAAGAAUCCCAUCUUAGAAAGGGACUUGAGCUUGCAAUGGCCAUUUCCGCAAGAGGAAACCAGUUCCUCCAGGACAACAAACUGGACAACUCGUUGUACAAUGAUCAUCCAGACAAGUCGGAUGCUGUUGUUGCGAUUGGUCUCAAUUUGAUCUACCUGGUCUCAGCAGUGAUCACGCCUUACAUGCCAUCGACCACUGCUGCCAUAGAGAGACAACUCAACGUUCCAGCAUUGGCCAUUCCAGACCGUUUCAGUCUUUGGAUUGGUGGUGGUCACUGUAUUGGCAAGGCUGAGUAUUUAUUCAAGAGAAUCGACGAGAAGAAGGUGGACGAGUGGAGGGCCAAGUAUGGUACUGGUUCUAAGUGA